UAGGGAUAAAAUUAAAGAUCAUACCAGAAUUCCAAAAUUAAAAUUUUUAGAAAUCUUAAGAUUUUGUGUUAUAGAUAAUAAUUAUUUAGAAUUUGAUAAAAUUUUUUAUCAACAAAAACAAGGAGUUCCGAUGGGAAGUCCAGCUUCUCCAAUAUUAGCAGAUAUUGUAAUGGAAGCAUUAUUAGAUAAUGUUUUUGAAAAAAUUCCUUAUAAGCCUAAAAUAAUUACAAAAUAUGUUGAUGAUAUUUUUAUCAUCCUAAAAUCUUGUCAUGUUGAUUCAACUCUAACUGCUUUAAACUCGUUUCAUCCGAAAAUUCAGUUUACAGUUGAGUUUGAAAAUAAUGGAAAACUUCCAUAUCUGGAUGUGUUAGUAAUAAGAAGAAAUAAUAGGUUAAUAUUUGAUUGGUACAAAAAACCAACAUCUUCAGGUCGUCUUAUUAAUUUUAAUUCUAAACAGCCUAAACAAGUUAUUAUCAAUACAGCAAAAAAUUUUGUUAAUAGAGUUUUAGAUAUCAGUGACAUUGUCUUUCGUCAAAAAAACAUACAAAUAAUUAUGGAUACGUUACUUUCCAAUUCAUUUCCUUUAAAUAUAAUAAAAACAUUACUGAAUCAAUAUUUCAAUCCAUUGGUUCAGAUAAAUUCAGUAGCAAAUGUUACUCCAUUUUCAUACAAAAGUAUUGUAUACAUUCCAAAUCUUUCCAAUAGAAUGUUAAAUGCUCCAAUAAGAAAUAAAGAUAAUGUUCGUAUAGCUUUCAAAUCGGCAAAUAUCCUAAGAAGUUCAUUGUUUUCGAAUUUAAAAGGUGAACUUAAUAAAAAUGAAAAAUCAAAUAUUGUCUACAAGAUAAAAUGCUUAGGUGAUGGAAUAAUAAAUUGUCCUUCCGCUUAUGUAGGAACGUCUAUGCAAAAACUUAAAAAUCGUUUAGCUGGUCAUAGAUCAGAUAUUAAUAGCGGACAUUCACAUAAGACAGCAUUAGCUUUGCAUUGCAUAGAUGAAGGACAUAGACCAGAUUUCAAUAACGUUGAUAUUAUACAGACAGAAAAACACUAUAGCAAACGUAUGUUACUAGAAAUGUUACAUAUUUUAAAUACAGAUAAUACGGUUAAUAGGAGAUCUGAUUGCGAAGGGUUGAGCAAUAUUUAUAGUCAGUUUGUGCAUAGAAAUAUUUUAGGCUAAAUAUUUAGGUAUAUUUGACUUGAAUUUUGAAGAUCAUUUUUGAUUAGAAGUUCAAAAUUUUGAAUUUCUUAUCAAAUGUGAAAUUUAGAUUUCAUUAUUUUAAAAUUUCGAUUGAUAGAAACGUCUUUAUCAAGACUUCAUUAAUUGAAUUUUAAAAUAUUACAAAAACAAAAAAACCAAUCCAGAUAAAAUUAAAGAUUUUAAAGAUCUUAAACUUUUUAAGCUUAACAUCACUAAGAAUAUUUAUUAUAGAUUCCUGAAGAAGGUUGUAAUCACAACCGAAACGUCGAAGAAAAAUUAGGAUAAAUGAAUUUGACCUAAAGCCCACAUAGGAGUUAAUAUUAUAUAUUAAAGAAGGUCACGAAGAUAGAAAUAAUUUGUAUUACGGAGGGCACGCCGUAUUUAAACUUUCAAAAUGAAUUUUUAUGAAUAUGUAAGAAACACAUACGGAUUUCAAGUAUGUUCAGAUUUAAAAAGUUUUAGCAAGAUAGGGGUAAGUAAUAUUAAACAUAAAAAUACUUUAGUUUUUCUUCUAAAAUGUAGGGAAUUUGGUUUAAUUCCUGAAUUUAUUCAGAAUUCAACAAAAAAUGUUUCAAUGUUGUUCGAUUUUGAGAAUGGAGAAUGUGAUAGAGGUUUAAAUAAAAAACUUUCUUCAACAUCAAGAAAAUAUCAUUCAAAAUUACUCAAUAUUGCAAUUUCAUUGAAACAAUCGCAAAUCAAAAAUCAAAAUAGAUUAUUAGUUGUCUUAGAAAGUAAAAUUAAACGCGUAUUAUUAGAAAAUGAAUACAGUUAUUUCUUCAGGAGCCAAGAAAUAACAAAAACCAAAAUAAAUGAUAGUACAAAAUUUUCCAAAAAGAUAAAGCUUGAGUCAUUAAAAUUUAAAGCUAGACAAGAAAUGAGGAUCAAUUUUAAAGAAAAUUGGUUCGUCAAUAAAACACAGGUAGAAUUCCCAGAGGACACAAAAUGGCUUUUAUCUUUAGGACCAAAAUUUGCGUUACCUAUUAAAAAAGAAAACAUACCAAUAUUUAAAAUGAUUGCCGAUGGAGAAGAGUUAAUAAAAAGUAAAGAACAAAAUGAACAAGAACCUGCACGGUCAUGUUUUACGCAAAUAUUACAGAAUUAUAUGCGAUUUGUAUCAAUUCCUUAUUUGGAUAAAUAUUUGAAUAAAAUAUUUAGUGAUACAAAAAAGUUCUUAAAACGACACCCAGAAAUUUUGAUUGUCCCAGCUGAUAAAGGCAAUGUUACGGUAGCUAUGCUAAGAGAAAAUUAUUUUGAUAAAAUGAAAGAUAUGAUGGCUGAUAGGAAUACUUAUACAAUUUUAAGAAACGACCCAACAAAUAAAGUCCAAAAUAUUAAUAACAACCAUGUUAAAUUCUUGUUCAGAAAUAAUUAUAUUAAUGAAUAUGAAAAGAAAUGUAUGACGACUUAUACAGGGGGUCAAUUCCCGAUCUGUGAAACUGUGAAGUGAUAAAAAUUAUAUCAUUUCAAUUUUCAAAACGUUUUUUCAUUUUAUCACUUCACAGGCAACCCUUUAUGCGAUUCUCAAACUCAAUGUGUACUAAAAAGUACUAAAUGAAAAAACUUUCAUUUUUGAGGAAAAUAGCUUAUAUGAACAAAAGUUUUCAUAAUAAACAAAUUCGAAUUAGCCUAGUGAGUAAGGCGGUUGCCUUUUACUCUACCGGCCUAGGUUCGAAUCCGGGUGUAGUUGAAAUUUUUAAUUGUGUUUUUUAUUUGUUUAUUUGUUUUCACAAGAAUAUUGGGUUGUGAUAAAUAAAUUUAUCAUGUGAAAAGAUUUUGACAUUUGUUUUAUUUCUUUUCACAAAUCAAGAAUCGAAUUUAUUAUGAAAACGUGAUAAAACUUAUCACUUCACAUUUUCACAGAUCGGGAAUUGACCCCCAGCUAACAGUCCAAAAAUUUACGGAUUGCCAAAAAUCCAUAAACAGAAUGUACCAUUAAGGCCAAUUUGUUCAUCGCUAAAAGUCCCAUGUUAGGAGUUGUCUAAAUACAUUGUUAAGGUUUUAAAUAAUAUAACUGUUGACUCAAAAUACAAUGUUAAGAACGCAUCAUCGUUUAUUUCAACUAUUUCACCAAUCAUUUUAGAACAAGAUAAUAUUCUUGUUUCUUUUGACGUUGUUUCGUUAUUUACUAACAUUCCUAUCCCAUUGGUUCUAGAAUUGGUUGAAAAAAGUUGGGAUAAAAUUAAAGAUCAUACCAGAAUUCCAAAAUUAAAAUUUUUAGAAAUCUUAAGAUUUUGUGUUAUAGAUAAUAAUUAUUUAGAAUUUGAUAAAAAUUUUUAUCAACAAAAACAAGGAGUUCCGAUGGGAAGUCCAGCUUCUCCAAUAUUAGCAGAUAUUGUAAUGGAAGCAUUAUUAGAUAAUGUUUUUGAAAAAAUUCCUUAUAAGCCUAAAAUAAUUACAAAAUAUGUUGAUGAUAUUUUUAUCAUCCUAAAAUCUUGUCAUGUUGAUUCAACUCUAACUGCUUUAAACUCGUUUCAUCCGAAAAUUCAGUUUACAGUUGAGUUUGAAAAUAAUGGAAAACUUCCAUAUCUGGAUGUGUUAGUAAUAAGAAGAAAUAAUAGGUUAAUAUUUGAUUGGUACAAAAAACCAACAUCUUCAGGUCGUCUUAUUAAUUUUAAUUCUAAACAGCCUAAACAAGUUAUUAUCAAUACAGCAAAAAAUUUUGUUAAUAGAGUUUUAGAUAUCAGUGACAUUGUCUUUCGUCAAAAAAACAUACAAAUAAUUAUGGAUACGUUACUUUCCAAUUCAUUUCCUUUAAAUAUAAUAAAAACAUUACUGAAUCAAUAUUUCAAUCCAUUGGUUCAGAUAAAUUCAGUAGCAAAUGUUACUCCAUUUUCAUACAAAAGUAUUGUAUACAUUCCAAAUCUUUCCAAUAGAAUGUUAAAUGCUCCAAUAAGAAAUAAAGAUAAUGUUCGUAUAGCUUUCAAAUCGGCAAAUAUCCUAAGAAGUUCAUUGUUUUCGAAUUUAAAAGGUGAACUUAAUAAAAAUGAAAAAUCAAAUAUUGUCUACAAGAUAAAAUGCUUAGGUGAUGGAAUAAUAAAUUGUCCUUCCGUUUAUGUAGGAACGUCUAUGCAAAAACUUAAAAAUCGUUUAGCUGGUCAUAGAUCAGAUAUUAAUAGCGGACAUUCACAUAAGACAGCAUUAGCUUUGCAUUGCAUAGAUGAAGGACAUAGACCAGAUUUCAAUAACGUUGAUAUUAUACAGACAGAAAAACACUAUAGCAAACGUAUGUUACUAGAAAUGUUACAUAUUUUAAAUACAGAUAAUACGGUUAAUAGGAGAUCUGAUUGCGAAGGGUUGAGCAAUAUUUAUAGUCAGUUUGUGCAUAGAAAUGUUUUAGGCUAAAUAUUUAGGUAUAUUUGACUUGAAUUUUGAAGAUCAUUUUUGAUUAGAAGUUCAAAAUUUUGAAUUUCUUAUCAAAUGUGAAAUUUAGAUUUCAUUAUUUUAAAAUUUCGAUUGAUAGAAACGUCUUUAUCAAGACUUCAUUAUUUGAAUUUUAAAAUAUUACAAAAACAAAAAAACCAAUCCAGAUAAAAUUAAAGAUUUUAAAAAUCUUAAACUUUUUAAGCUUAACAUCGUAAGUAUAGAUUUUUAUUUUCUUUUUAAUUAUUAUAUUUUAGACUAAGAAUAUUUAUUAUAGAUUCCUGAAGAAGGUUGUAAUCACAACCGAAACGUCGAAGAAAAAUUAGGAUAAAUGAAUUUGACCUAAAGCCCACAUAGGAGUUAAUAAUACAUUCUCUUUCUUAUAAUAUUUUCUAUCGUUUAAAUGUCAUUUCAUUUUAUUAAGAGGGGUGUCCCGUCACAUAAACGGCUCAACGCGUUGCAACGUUUUUAAUUUGGUGGAUAACUUUCGCAUUUGUAAAGAUAAUCGAAUGAAAUAAAUUUUAUUAUUUAGUUAAUAAACAAGGCUUAAAAUAUUUGAUCUUAUAAUUUCUAAAUUUGAGCAAUUGUAAUUUAGAGAGCAUAAAAAGCGACGUGUAAAUUCACAAACGCAUCAAUGCAGAGCAGCGUUGCCGCGAAGAAAAAAGCAGAGAGGGCCAUUUCGGAAUUUUUUGAGGGCCAUUUUACAAAAGUGUGGGCCAAAAUAUCUACAAUUUAUUUAAAAUUGUGUUCAUUUUUUUUUUGUUUGUUUAAUGCAUUAAUGGCAUGUUUUUUGUUCAGUUAAAUGACAGUAGAAAAGAGUCUGCCACAUAUAGAUAUUUUUAUUGCUUUUUUUAAGUCUAAGUGCUUUGUUAUAGUUUACCCUACUAUUCUGCUUCGAAACAUAGAUUUAUGAUAACAUUGACUAUUUUUUUAAUUUAAUAUCAAAAUUCGGGUGCGAAUUUUUGCGAUUAACAAAAUAAUUUGCAAAUGAAAUUUUCACUUUUAGUAAAAAUCAUUCAUACGCCCUACGUUUUUAUUUACUGGUUGUUAACAUUUUUAAGAAAUUUUUUAAUUGAACUUAAUGCAUUUGGAUUCACUAAGCCUAAAAAUCACAAUGGUUCCUUUCUAGAAGCUCUAAUACUUUAGAUAUUUUAAUUUUUCACAUUUUGGGUGUAUGAAAUUUCAUACUAUUUUUUCAGUUUUUCUUAUCACAAGCGUUCUUAAAGUUUUGGUGGAAAAAAAUCAUUUCAUUGCAUAAAUAAUAAUUUUUAGCAAAAAUAAAUUGUUUUACUUUAAAAAAUAAUUUUGUCCAGGUUUGUGAUCAAAAUACUCCUAUGCGUGAGAAAAAUCAAAUUACUAAAGGAGAUAAAUUAAUGAAUUGAGUAUACAAAUACAUACCUAUUUAUUUGUAGUGGAAACAUAUUGUAGUUUCGAUGCAAAGUGAUGAUUUAUAUUUAAUUUUGUAAAGCCUUCUAAUUAUUACUAAGCACGAUAUGAAGAUAAAUCUACUAAAAUUUGGAUUCGUGGGCCAUUUCUGAUUGGCCCGGGCAAAGGGCCAAAUUAUAAAAUAGGGGGCCAAAUGGCCCGAUCGGGCACUUUGUGGCAACGCUGCUGCAGAGAUGAUUUGCGGUCAUUCCUGUAGCACGUUCAUAAACGCAAAUAAAUAGCAUUACUUAAAAUGUCAAUCGUUCAUUAUUGCAAAUUUGGAUAAACUGAUGCGCAAAUAUCAAACAAUAAAGCAUCAUGAAUUUUCUUGAUAAGUUGUUGAUGCCGACGCGAUUUGGAGUAAAAAUGGAAGAAAAGGACAAUGAAAAGUACAUAAUUAAAUUCAAAAUUGUUUAUAAAUUAAAAAUUUGAUGAAAUUUUGGGAAUAAUAUUUUAACAGCGCACAAACUAAAAUACUAAUAGAAAAUUCAAUUAUGAAGGUGAAUUUAUGGCAGGCAGAAAAUCGAAGUCAUUAUUGUGGAGGAAAGUUCUUUGAGAGAUUAAAUGUGUGGCUCCAGAUUUUAAUUACAACAAAGAGUUUUACAUUUCUAUCAUUAACCAAAAAUUGUUUUUAAACGAAAAACUUUUUGUCAAUCAGCAUCGCAUCGUCAUCAGCUGAGCAACGAUCAGCAUCGCAAAAAAGCAGUGAUGCGUAAUCACUAGCAAAAAAUUUGACGUUAGUAAAUUUACCCGACAAUUUUGGUCGUUGUUUUAGUACGACCUAUUUAUUUUGUGUUUGUCUCUUAAUCAGACUAAAAAUUUUAUUUUUCUUAAUACUAUUUUGGAUUGAGAUUGAAUCAAUCUAAGGAGUAAAGCUAUUUUGAAAAACUAAUGGCGUUUUUAAUUGGCAAUCCGGAAUUAUUCUUCGAUUCGGAAUCCCUAUUGAACAGUUUUUUUUAUUUCGAAGAAUCUGAAGUUUGGUGUAAAUGUAUUGGUUGAGUUUGAAAUGUGUCACAUACAGGGUGUCCCAAAAGUAAUGGAUCAAACGAAAUAUGCUGAUAGGCCAACUUUAGGGCUCUCAGAAUUUGGUAACUUGUUCAUCCCAAAUCCUUACGGUUUUCGAUUUAAUGCAGUUUUUGUCAAAUUUCGAAAAAUCUCGACUUGGCAACAGUAUUUUGCUUCCUCCGCUCAUAAUUGAUUUUUGUUUUUUACAAUUCCUUCACUAAAACAUUGCCAAAUAAUAAGAAAUAAUUAAUUUAUCAAAAUAUUUUUUGUUUCAUAUGCCAUUUUGCUGCAAAUUAAUUAACAGUUCCAUGUUUUAUAAAAACUCAAUUUUGUAGUUUUAUUUCAGAGCAUCAUCCCGAAAAAAAAUUGUAUGGUGUGACACUGGUUUAUUACUUUAAAAACUUGCCGUGUUAUUGCAGUUUUCAAAAAUGUAUACAAGUUUCCAAAGAUGAAAUUAGAACGAAAGUUAUUACAAUUUGAAUGCAAAAAAACAAUCGUUUUCAGAGCAAAAUAACAAACAAAAAGCGAGGCUUUUAUUCAAAAAGAAAUAAACAAACAACAGCCGAGAAAAUGUGUUUAUUUUUCUUUGUUAUUUUGCUCUGAAAAGCCCUGUUUUGUUGCAUUUAAAUUGUAAUAUCUUUAGUUCUAACUUCUACUUUGAAAACUUUUAUACAUUUUUGAAAACUGCAAUAACACGCCAAGUUUUUAAAGCAAUAUACCAGUGUCACACCAUACAAAUUUUUUUCAAUGUGUUAUUCUGAAAUAAAAGUAUGAAAUUGAGUUUUUAUAAAACAUGGAACUGUUAAUAAAUUUGCAUCAAAAUGGCAUAUGAAAUAAAAAAUAUUUUGAUUAAUUAGUUAUUUCUUAUUAUUUGGCAAUGUUUUAGUGAAAGAAUUGUAAAAAACAAAAAUCAAUUAUGAGCGGAGGAAGCAAAAUACUGUUGCCAAGUCGGGAUUUUUCGAAAUUUCACAAAAACUGCAUUAAAUCGAAAACCGUAAGAAUUUGGGAUGAACAAGUUACCAAAUUCUGAGAGCCCUAAAGUUGGCCUAUCAGCAUAUUUCGUUUGAUCCAUUACUUUUGGGACACCCUGUAUAUGUGUAUUCGCGCUAAAUUUAAUUUGUUUUUUUGGUCAAGUGUGACAUCUGACAUUUAAACCUAUGAAUGUGUGAGUGAUUCUGCUUCUGAUUCUAUUUUUAAAACCAGAAGAGAAAUUCUCUUUAUUUCAGAAUCAGAACUGUCAGUAUUGCCCAAUUGAAAGCAUUCAGAUUGCUUCUUUUUGCUUCCAGAUUGCCAAUUAAAAACGCCAUAAAACUUUAUUUUGUAUAGAAAAAAUUAAUUAUUUUUCUUGACCUUGCAAUGUUUGGACAGGUGUAACUUCUGCAUGCAUCAAUAUAAUUCAUAAAAAUAAAAAGUUUUAAGAAGCUCAACUCAAAUAUUACUACCUUGAUUAAAAAAAAAUCUUAGUUUUUGAGAAUUUUAGGGAAAAAGAAGUAAAAUGAAGAACAAAAUUUUUCUUUCUAAAAAAAAUAUUUAAAUUAUGAUUUCUGAAAAAGUAAAUAUAAAAACUCCUUUUUAACAUUUUUUUCUUUGUUUGAUACCUUAAAACUUAAUAUUUUUUUUUGAAAAAAAUCAAGGUAGUUUUGAGUAUUAUUUUUCCUAACAUUUGUUUUCUUCGGCGGAGGGAAUUAGUUUAAAUUCGAACACAUAUUUUAAUAUUACUCUUCUAGGCAAAAGUACCUAAUAGUUUUUAUUUUUGUAAUUUAUUCUU